UGAGAAGGUGUGUUUUUUUUUGUUUUCUUUCUUCCUGAAUAUCAAUUUUUCUUCGUUUUUUUUUUCUCGGCCUGGUUGUCACCCCACAUUGCAAUUGGUCUGAUGCAAUUUUGCACGCGGUAUUCCCACAAUCUGUUGGGUCAGCACCACUGGUGUUCUCUUUGUUCUAUGCUGUUUUACCUUCUUUUCCCCUUUUGAUCCGGGUUGUUUUAUACGGGAGAGAAAAAAAUUCGAACUGGCUUCCCUCGUGCCAUUUUUUCACCCGCAACUCGCUUUCGCUUCGCACACCCACAAGGGUCCUUCUCUUCCCCCCCUCCUCCCUACCCCCAUUCUUGUUGUGGAAAACCAGAGAAUACGUACAAAGGAAAUAUGGGCUGUUCUCUUUAUUGUUUUGCUGUCCAUUUCCGAACCACCCCUGAAAUUAUCGCUAACAACAGGACCCGUCUAGACUUCCUCUGAGGGUCAGGAUGAAUGCUGUAUCUACGGUGUCUCAGCCAUGCAGGGCUGGCGAAUCAGCAUGGAGGACGCCCACGCUGCCGUGCUAGACCUCCAGGCAAAAUACACAGAGAAUACCGACAAACCGACCGACCCCGCCAAACGACUGGCCUUCUUCGGUGUAUAUGAUGGUCAUGGUGGAGACAAGGUGGCAUUAUUUGCUGGGGAAAAUGUCCACAAGAUUGUCUCGAAGCAGGACUCGUUCGCUAAAGGCGACAUCGAACAAGCGCUGAAGGACGGCUUCUUGGCCACGGAUCGGGCGAUCUUGGAAGACCCGAAAUACGAGGAAGAAGUAUCUGGCUGCACAGCUGCAGUCAGCGUCAUCUCGAAGCAUAAGAUCUGGGUGGGCAACGCAGGUGAUUCGCGCUCGGUGUUGGGUGUCAAGGGCCGCGCAAAGCCCCUCUCGUUUGACCACAAGCCACAGAACGAAGGCGAGAAGGCUCGUAUCAGCGCUGCAGGUGGCUUCGUCGACUUUGGGCGUGUCAAUGGCAACCUGGCCUUGUCUCGGGCCAUUGGUGACUUUGAAUUCAAGAAGAGCGCCGAAUUGUCGCCGGAACAGCAAAUUGUGACCGCUUAUCCCGAUGUGACCGUCCACGAACUCAGCGACGAUGAUGAGUUCCUCGUGAUUGCAUGCGACGGUAUCUGGGAUUGUCAGUCUUCUCAACAAGUCAUCGAAUUUGUCCGGAGAGGUAUUGCCGCCAAGCAGGACCUCCAUCGCAUCUGUGAGAACAUGAUGGACAACUGUCUCGCGUCGAACAGCGAAACCGGUGGUGUCGGAUGCGACAACAUGACCAUGGUAAUUGUCGGCCUUUUGAACGGCAGGACCAAGGACGAGUGGUACAACCAGAUUGCAGAGCGGGUUGCGAGCGGGGACGGCCCUUGUGCGCCGCCCGAGUACGGCAAGUCUCUCGAGGAACCCACGGCCUCCAAUCCCUACUGACUGACGGGGACAGCUGAAUUCCGUGGCCCUCGCAAUCGGAAUCGAUUCGUGGCAAACCCGGACGACUAUGA